AUUUGGGUGCGAUACGUCCAUUUGUAAGCCUAAGUGCGAUACAAAAGAGUAGAAAAUAAAUGAGGUCGCACUAAGACGCAUUAGUCUCAGAUGAAUUAAUUAAAUCUACUAGAGCCUGAGUGAGAAAAAAACAAAUCUUGUCUAUGCUAAUAGAGACAUUUCCUGCUGUCAAAACAGAAAUUUCAAAAUUUGACGUCCAGUUUCAAAAUUUGAAAAAUGUCUGUUAAUUAUCUUGUGUAAACGAAUUGAAAGGAAUUUUCAAAUACUUAACUCGUAAAUUUUACGUGAAAAUUGUGAAUCAAUCUCUUAAGAGCAAUUGUAUAUUUUGUUAGUAGGGUAUCUAACGCGAAAAAUGAUGAUAACACAAUCGUGUGUGAAGAAAAUAGAUGGACUGAAUACGUUGUCCUGCUUAGAUGCUGAACUAAUUUAUCCGAAAAUAGUGAUUUACGAAGAUAAAAAGACCAUUCACAGUUUAGAUAUCACAGAUCUUAAUGAAGUUUACACUACAGUUCAUUCAUUUCAAAGCGAUGUAGUAAAUCGAAUAAUAUACAAAGAAAAUGUUUGGGUGGUCUUACAAUCGGGGGAAGUUUAUGUUGUGAACUUGAAAAAUGGUGCUCUUAAAGAGGUCAUAUGCACGAGUAAUGCCAAUUACAAGAUUCGAAGAUUUGCUACCCAUGAUUCCAAGUUGGUUUUCAUAAGCGAAAGUGGCGAACGACUUACUACUACACUCACCAACAAAAUUUUGCAGGAAGAAUUGGACAAUACUAAUACAAAUAAAAUCAGCGUGCCCUUGGACAGAGCCCCUAUACCUCUAAACGCUAUAUACAGAAACACUAGAAAUGUAAAUAAUGGAUUAACAAUCUAUAUUGAUUCAGGAAAACUUAUCAUGAAAUGUCUGUGUACUGGUUUAACUGAUGUAAUCGCUGUUAAUCCAGAUUUACAGCAUGUUUGUCUUUGGAAUGAAAUGAUUGUAAUAACUAUGAAUUCAAUAAUGUUGUUACUCAAUGAGAAGUUUGAGUUAAUCUUUGAAUUUCAAAAUAUGGGUCUGCAAUAUUAUCCAUUGGCUUCUCACAAUGAUGUAUUUUUUUACAUCACAUGGAAUAAUGAAGAGAUUGGUCUGCAUUAUGCUUCAUUGGCAACUGGUAAAGAACAGCAAGAUAAUAAUUUUUCAAUUGGUUUUAAGACAAAACUUUCAUCUCAAGACUCUCUUAAAAUUCAGUUGAAAUCUUUGGUGGAUGAAACUUUAUCCAAUUCUAAAAUAUCUGAUCAGGUAAUGCCUAAAUUGCAGGUAUUAUUUAAUGAAAUUGAAGAUUUUGAUUUCCUUGUUAAUACUGUUUCAAAACUUUGUAAUCACAAUCUUUUGUACAAGUCCCUUGUAUACCCUCUACAAAAAAGAAUUUAUGCAACAGGUGAUCAGCACCUUAUUUACUAUAUUUCUGAUACCAUGAUCAAAACUGAUUUGUUAGAAUAUAUAUGUUUUAAAGGUGGGAAUUGUUAUCAAGACAUUAACAUAUUUGAAGAAAAAUUCAUUGGAUUGUGUGUAACAUUCAUAUCAAAAUCUGAUUUAGAUUUAGCAACAAUAUGUUGGUUAAAGUACACUGAAAUUAAGCAUACAUUAAACUCUGAUGAUGUAAUUAGUAUAUUAAAUGCCAUACCAUACAAUAUUAAAAUGGGAUCCCUAGUUAUAUGGUUUCGAAACUUUGUACCUCCUCUUUUAGAUCAAAACCCUUUUUAUAUUGAUUUAUUUGUCAAAUGGACUACUGAGAGGAUUUUUCUUUUGGAACAAUCACCCUACUGGCCAAAAAUUGGCUUGAAAUUUAUUGCGACUAUUAUAGAGGUUUUAGAGACGUCAAUAAAAACAAUUUGUGUAAGACCCAUUUCAAUUGAUGAUCUUGAUAUUAUAAAAGAUCACAUAACAUAUAUAAUGGAACUAAAAGAAAAGUAUAAAAUUAACAUGCUGCUAAGUGAGUUCAGUUCUCAAAGUCCAUCAGAAAUCACACUUAUUAUGUUACGCAGAUGUUAUACAGAAGACCUUGAAUCUUUUCUGCAAGAAAGUUUGCCAUCUUACACUUCAAGACAUCUACUUGAAAUAGAUGACACAUUACGUUCUUUUAUUGAAAGUGAAGCCGCAACUAGUGGCGGUUGUAUUGAUGGCAAUCGUCUUAAGAUAUUGCUGAGCUCAUUUCAUUCGCCUACUAAUAGACUAGAUUGUCUUCUAAAUGUUCUGAAAGUAUUGGAUGUGCCAUGGGAUACAAAGGUCUUAGAAACGGCUGCAGCAGCAGCUUCCCUAGUUUUCAAAGAUUUUACUCUUACGGAUGCUGAUCGCUUGUUAGCUCAAGAAAUUUACAAGGAAUUAAAUUACUCCAAAAUUAAAGUUAUUCUGAAGAAGUACAAUUUUCAUCUAACAUGUACUGAUUAUAUAUUAGUUAUCCACAAAUUAAUUAAUGCAUCAACAGUAGAUUUGGAUGAUUUAAAAAUCAUCACAAGUAUUUUAACCACCUAUGCUAAUUAUGCCAACACCUUGUACUUGGACAGAUGUCUACGCGAUUGUGAUACUAAACUGGCACUACAGUAUUUUAGGGAUCUAUCUGUACGUGUCCAACGAGUUUUAAUAAAAACAAUUUUGAAUAAAUAUGAGCAGAUAAUUACAAGCAAAACUAUAGACCCUCUCUUGGAAAGAAACUAUGCAGAUUUUCUGAAAGGUUCUUCACUGUUGGAUGAUAUACAAAUAAAUUCUAUUGAAAAUCUGUACUAUCUUAAAAACUCAUACAACAUAUUAUUAAAUUUAAAUAGUAUUAACAGCAGUAAGUGUCGUGAAAGUUCAUUGAGCAAUUUGAAACAAAAUGAAGAAGUUAUAUCAAGUUUGGGUCGUGGAAGAUGCAUUUUGCAACUAAUAAACGGCGAGCAAACCAAGCUAGUGUCGCUAUUGCGCCGCACUUCUUCAGGCCACAACGUACGAAUUCUUAUUGAAUCAUUAAUUCUAGCAAAUUCUUCAAACAAAAAUGAUAUUAAUGUUUUAUCACAAUACAAAGAUGGUCAAAACUCAACUCUUUUAUUAGAAUCAUAUGAGAUACUUUCAGAAGUUUUAUCUAAUUGUCAAGAAGAACAUUUACAUGAUCUACUUAAUUAUUUAUCCAUAAUUAAUGCGUUAAUACAUGCUGGCAUUAUCUUAAAAAAUCUGUCUAUUGCUUGGAAAUUUCAAUAUAUAUUUUUACCUAUGUCGUCGCUAAAUACUUUGAAUGAUUUAAUUCAUUACUAUUCAUCUUCUGCUGAGAAGAAUAUACUGACAUCAGAAAAUACAAGUAUAUUUAGCAAGAAUGACUUCAUUCCUUUUCGCAUUUUCGCAAAUAUUUUGGAACACUCGAUAAAGACAGGGACAACUCUUUGCGACGACUUUUAUAAAAUAAGAGACCAAGUUACAAAAAGGCUCCUAUCAAAAGUUGUUGCAUUACAAGAUAUGGAUCAAGUUUUGGUAACUAGUUUAUUGCUCACUCUUAGAAGUGGCGAAAUAAUGGAAGAUAAAAUUUGGAUUUUAGAGUUACUGCGCGGGCAAUCAGAAUCUUUAUCUCCUAUAGCCAUGCAAUAUCUUUCGACGCCUCUUAUUCAUCGUACUUUUGAUCUUGAGAAUAUUCUACCAGGCAACAGUUUUUCAUAUCCUCCCCAAUAUAUUCUAAAGUCAAAGUUCAAUAUCAAUUUAUCUGAAAUCGCUCUCCCAGAAAAUACAGAAGAGACUUGGGAUGUGAAGGUUUUGCUGUUCUAUAUUUUGCGAAAUGAUCCCUAUAUACCUUUCGAAAGACUUUCCGACUUAUGCCUGACAUUGAGUAUUUCUCGUAAUGAUGGUUUUUCUUUGCUACUUGUAUCGUUGCUAACAAACUGGAAUUUGAAAUAUAGAACCGUUGAAAACGAAUUAGGGUUUCGAGAACUUUCCAUUGUGAAUGGAUUAUCCCAGUUGUUGCCAAAGUGUAUGGUAAUUUGGCAAAGUAUUGAAAACAAAGAUUUUAUAAAGGAUAUAUUGAAUGAUUUUUGGAAAAAUGGAGAACUUGUAAUACAUGGUUGCCUCGUCUCUAUUAACCCAUAUUACUAUGAAGUUUAUUUAAGCAUAUAUGAGAUGGCAUUUGCUCCAAGUAAUGAUGCGAAUAAUUUAAAAUAUUAUUAUUUACUGAAUUUUUUAAAGAAUUACCAAAGAAAAAGCAGUCCUAAGCAAUAUGAAUUUGAACUGUUUUCAGUUAAAGGCAUGUUUCCUGAAAUUGGACAUUACAGAUUACCUUUCCAUCUCUUCAUGCGGGAUGAUAUGUGGUCGAAUUUGAAAUCCGAAAUUACGUUAGAAACAUAUGAACGCUGGUUACCUGUAGUAGGUUUACUCUCACUUGAUGGCGAGUUACAAACCGCCAAAGAUAUGAUUUGCAGUAAUGCUGUGAAACAAACUAUGACUAACCGUAAAAGAUUUGAACCUAACGGUAUUGAAUCAAAGGAUAACGAACCUUGGAGAUUAAUAUCUCUAGAAGAACCUUUACUUCGUACGGCUCAUAGAUGUGUAAGAUACAUCGCAAAUAUGGAGUGGGCGGGUGCGUGUCUAUUUUAUGUUCUUCAAGGAUGUGCUAGAGGAGCAGAUCAAGUAGCUGCCGCUCAGCUUUGUUAUCAAUUUGCACAGCGCUGGGCGACCCUUCAACCUGGCAACAAAGCCGUGAGGCAAAUGGAAAGGCUACACUCAACACUGUCAACUCGCCAUGCUUUACAUAAAAUUGAUUGGGCAUGUGAAGAACUUAUACGUCUAACCACUGAACCCGUCCAACUUAUUUACGCUUUAUAUUUCCAUCCGAAUUUUGUAGAGAAAUUUUCCCGUCACGACAUUAAUCGUGCUGCAAAUGAAAUAGCAGAUAAAAAUGGCAUCAACAUAAGUUCAAUAAGAAUACAGAUAUUGGAAAACUUACUCGAAAAAUCGUACAAAGACAAUAAAAGUUUACAUGGCUUAGAAAUGAAAGAUUUAAUAACAGCUAAAUAUAUUUUAAAAGCUACAUGCCCAAAAAUGGGAGCCAUUUAUUUGUCCAGAAUUGCCUUUGAUGAAGAAAGUGAUCACAACAAAUGUAAGAAGCUUCGGGCGUUACAGUGUUUAAUGAGCGUUGUUGAUUCGGACACUGCCAUCAGAGUUACUAAUCGCCAACGUGAUGUCCUGUGGCUAUCUUUAUUAGAACUUUUAUAUGUCGUUAAGCUGGAAAAAAUCGAUGUACCAUGGGUGGUUGCUACAUUUUUGCAAGAUAAAACUAUUGCUUUGAGUCAACUGUUACAAGUUGUUGGAAAUAAUGUGGAAAGUUUGAAAAUAGCAGCAGAUUUAGCACAUAGAUUUGGAAAUGCUCAACUUAUGCGCGAAAUUAUACCAAUGUUGCUUCGCACUUCUUUAUAUGAAGAAAUCAUUCCUUUAAUUUUAAAAGUCCAAAAUCCUCCUGAUAAUGUAAUCUAUUCUGCAUGGAAAGCUAUAAUACUGUCUCCAUUUCAACGAGCCGAUUAUCCUAUAACUGAUCGCCAAAAAACUAAAUGCCUUAACGCAUUAAACUUAUUACCAGUUUGUCCAGUUAUUAAAGAUGAGGACUUAAUUGAAAUUUGGAAAAACUGUAUUAGGUGCAAGUGUCUUGGGCUAGGAUGUUUAAUAUUACCAUACAUGUCCCCAGAAGCUAGACAUAAUCUAAAUGAACUGCGUAAAAUAGAUAAAAGGAAUUUAAUAAUAAGUUUGAAAAAUCUUCAUACUGAAAGUUACCUUGUAUCAGGGGCCAUGUAUGUUAUCGAAAACUUAACACCAAGAUUGUAUAAAUAGUUUUUGCCCAUAAUAUAUUAUUCUCGUCUAUUUGUCUAAAAAUUGCAUUUACUUAGAUCUGUAUUUAUGUGAAUACUAUACAAACAUGUAUGAUCCAAGAAAAUUUCUAACAGUAUGUGAUCUUUUAUCAUAAUUAGGUAUAUUCACUUAGUUGUAAGCUUAGUAAGAG